AUGCAAAAAAUCGUAGAAGAACCAUUUUCAAUUAAUAUUUUUACUACAAGUACUAAUACAGGUACAUCAGCAAUGGGUACAUCAACAAUGGGUGUAAAUGGUCAGUUUGCGUUCUCUCAAGUUUUGAUUGAUUGUCUUCAACGGCUAGAGUCCAAUAAAAUAGAUAAAGAAGAGCUUAUUCAUCUUUGUAAACAGGAAUAUAAAGAGAACGAUUUUGAAUUGAGCUAUAUUGAUGAAUUUGAAAAUAGUUAUUCACCUAACCAAGUCUUGUGGUGGUACACAAGACAGUCAUUCUUCUACAAAACUCUCAAUGCUGCUCUACGUAACCAAGAUAUUCAUUUAAUUUUUCUAUUACGUGCAAUUAUUUCGGAUAUGCAUUGUCAAUUGAAAAAUAAUCAAGCUGAAAAUCGUCUACAAGUUUAUCGAGGCCAGAUGAUGUCAAGUGAUGAAUUGCAAACUUUGAAACAAUACCUGGAUCAAUUUAUAUCAGUGAAUUCAUUUCUUUCCACCAGUAUGGACAAACAGAGAGCUCUUACAUUCCUGAACCCUACUAAUGCUACAGACCGUUUAGAACGGGUAUUGUUUGAAAUCGAUGCUGAUCCUACAAUGGCCACUACAAAACCAUUCGCUGAUAUCAGUCCGUUUAGUCAAUUUCCCAGAGAAGCAGAAAUACUUUUUAUGCUUGGUUCUAUUUUUCGUUUAAAAAGCAUCCAUCGCAGUGGCGACAGUCAAGUAUGGGUUAUCCGAAUGGUUUUAUGUAGUGAUAAUGAACACGAAUUAAAAUAUGUUCUUAUGAAUAUGAAACAACAACUUGGAAGUGGAAAAACAGAUCUUCGAACAUUAGCAAGAUUACUGUCAGAGAUGAAUAAAACUGAUUUGGCUGAAAAAUAUUUUAUGCGCUUGUUAGAACAACUUCCACCCAGUGACCCAAUACUUUAUGAUUUGUAUCAGGAUCUUGGUAAACUCGCAUCACAAGUCGGUAACUUUGGCAAGAGUAUGAAAUGGCGUCAAAAAGCUAUUGCACUGCAACAAAAAAAUGAGCUAGCAGCCACAGGAUGUCAAUUCAAUGAAAAGACUAAUGAAGCAGUCGUAAGUCAAGUGAAAUAUAACAGCAAGAACGUUAGGAUGCUGUGUGAUGCCCUCACAAAAGGUUCCAAUAUUGUGAAGCUGACAUGUCAAAAAUGCUCAUUCUCCAAGGAUGCUCUUGACAUUCUGCUUGAUAUCGUCAUUAAUCAGUCUUCGAUUCGUUGUCUAAAUAUGAUCACUAUUGAUAUUUACAAAUCUAUUUUGUGGUCAGAAUAUACCUGCAAAUAUAUGGUCACAGAGUUCAAUAAUGAAGUAUUGAAAGUUCGCUUCUACGACAUAUACCAACAUGGAAACGCACAAAUGCUCACUCAGCUUUUGCUACAAAACAAGAAGCAUCGAAAGUUGGACUUUUGUGCAUGGGAAUUUCUUUGGCAUGAAC